AUGCAUAUUACUCCCAUUCUACUUGCCGCGGCAGGCUUUGCUCUGACCAGAGCAGAUGUUACACCAGGGACCCUAUCUCAAGUCACUGACUUUGGGUCAAACCCGGCUGGUGUUGGAUUCUACAUCUAUGUGCCUCAGAAUUUGGCAACGAGCCCGGGAAUCAUCGUGGCUAUCCACUACUGUACUGGAACCGGAGAGGGGUACUAUUCCAAUUCCCCCUAUGCCCAGUUGGGAGAGGAAUAUGGUUUCAUUACCAUCUACCCAAGCAGCCCAUACAGCGGUACCUGCUGGGAUGUGAGCUCGGAAGCUACUCUGACUCAUGAUGGUGGAGGUGACAGCAACUCGAUUGCCAACAUGGUCACCUGGACAAUUGAACAGUAUAAUGCGGAUGCAUCCAAGGUCUUUGUGACGGGUUCUAGCUCUGGAGCAAUGAUGACGAACGUCAUGGCGGCUACCUACCCUGAACUGUUCGCCGCAGCCACCGUCUACUCUGGAGUCCCAGCUGGUUGCUUCGUCUCGUCCACCAACCAAGUCGAUGGGUGGAACAGCAGUUGUGCCCAGGGCCAAGUCAUUGCAACACCGCAGGCCUGGGCUACAAUUGCUGAAGACAUGUAUCCUGGAUACAACGGGUCGCGGCCCAAGAUGCAAAUCUACCAUGGUAGUAUCGACACCACUCUUUAUCCGGAGAACUACAAUGAGACGUGUAAACAGUGGGCGGGCGUUUUUGGGUACGACUAUGACUCUCCCCAGACGGUCGAAAACAAUGAGCCCCAGGCAGAUUACACGACCACGAAUUGGGGGGCUGACCUCCAGGGGAUAUACGAGAGCUCCGUCGCUGUGAUUCUAGAGGAAAUAGGCUGUGAGGUGGCUGGUUUAGGAAUUAAAUUCAAGAUAAUAUAUGGCCAGAAUAGCUCUAUAAAGCAAGUCGCAGCUGCAGCGCAAUCAUCAAGGCACGUCUUCGGCCGUGCGCUCUCGUUGGCCAGCCUGUCGUCCGUCCUGUACCUCGUCAUGUGCCCCGCAUACAUCCGCCCACGUCCUCCAGCUCACGCCGUCAUCAUUGUAAACAGCCGCCUCCUUUCACUAUCACUUUCUGUCUCGCCCAUCAUCAGCACCAUCCACGUCUUCCUCACUCUGGUGUCAGCCGAGCACAGCAGUGCCAGCGACUCCAAUACGGCCCCUAGACUCCAAUAUCCAACCUUCCCAUCGAUCGGCCAGUCUGUCGAAGAGCUGCUAUCCCAGUCUCGACUAGCCAUGCCAGGUGGAGACGCUCAACCUGCACGGCCACCCAGUUCUCUGAGCGAGAGCUGGGCAACACUCAGCACCUCAGAUACGCACUCUGAAGAUGACGCUCGAUCCGAACAAACCGACAACGCCUCUCUAAUCGGUCAGAGCGGCCCCGACGAUGUCGCCAGCCUUGACGGUACAACAUACGAUGACGAGGAGGAAAACUUUGUUGAUGAAGAAGAUGAUGAGGAGGAGGAGGAGGACGAUGACGACGAAGAGGAGGAGUAUGGGGAUAAAGAGAGUGUGUUGUCAGAUCCACCACGUCCAUUUUUUACUCAUGACGACGAUGCUGUAGAUGACACGCCCAAGGCCAGUUUACUGCAGACAUCCGAGUCCAUCGAGUUUAUUGAGCCUGAGCAGUGGCCUGAAAUGGAGCGGGUUGAACUGAAGCACCUUGUCCAUAUCCUCAGCAAGGAAGAGGCCGCGGCCAUAAAGGCAAAUAUUCCAAAGUCAUUACAUCACAGCGACCUAGCCAUCACUCUCCAGCAAACCAUGACGAAGGAGGGAUUGGCCUUGGACAAGCCCUUUCGGGUUCUCUACGUCGGAAACCCAGACUUCCGAAACAUCAUUCUUGACAAGAUUGGUGACGUAUUGGUAUCGAGCUCUACCGGUAGCCUGACUAGCUCUACAGAAUCUUCGCGGUAUCAUGUUGUCCCCACUUCGUUUGGAGUUGGGGCUACACCAAACUAUGCUGAGCUUCUUCCUAUCCAUGUUCAACUGAUCGUUGACGAGUGUGUAUCGGCUUCCUCUGUCAAGCCCAACAAUAUAACAUUGAAAUUCAAGAACCGACCAUCGUGCACUUCUUCCUGGACUGGGUCGGAGCACCAGAUUGAAUCAGAGGCUGAUUGGAGCCUGCCAGAUCUUUCCGUCUUCUUCGUUUCUGAUCGUGACAGUGAAGCAGCUAUUCGGACAUGGACGCUGGCUCACACGUUCAUGAAGACUCACGGAAUCCCGGUUAUGGUCAUCUCAGAGGAACCGCUCUGGAAAAAGCCUGGCCAGCACCUCUUCACUCUUGAUUAUCACAGUCUACACAUGCGUCUAGAAUCUCGUCGUCCCCUCACAGGAGACAUGGUCCUUUUGAGACGCUAUCCCAUUGACGUCAAGACGUUCGAGUCGAUCACUCCCAGUCAACUCAACCGGCAUCUCGCGUCUCUUUCUGCUUUGUACCCGAAGCCAACGAUGAUUCCCGUACCGCCCUCGCCCGUGACCCCUGAAACUACCAAGGUCUUUUACGACAGCGAAAAGUAUCCGACAAUGAAUAUAUUUUCCCCUUAUGCGGGGCGUGCUCAAGACUUUGCGCUUUACUUGCGUCUUGCGGUGUCGGCUAUAGGUAUCAUUCUUGCUGUCUGGCUAGGCUAUACUCUGUCAUUUCUUUGCGUGCAGUACUUCCCUGGUUCUGCCAUAUCUAAUAUGAGUAGCCUUACGCCAACCACAACCAUGACUGCGGAAAUUAUCUCGUCCACGAGUUUAACGGGGACGACGUCGGUGGCAUUGAAAACCCCCCACCGGAUUGACUCGCUCUCAAUCUCAAUGGCGAAGGACCUUACUGAAGUGUCAAGUCUGCUUUCAGAUUCCACAGCAGAUGAAUUUCAGUUUCAAAUUGUUGGGGACUGUCAUGUUGUCAUUAAGCUGCCUCUGGGGGCGAAGCAAAGUAAGUUCGAUGCCUUCGUGGUACGUGAUGGGGAACCGCUUCCCUUUGAGCUUUCCAAAAUAUUUGACGGAGUGUACACACUUCGACUCAACCGCGAGGACGCCUAUGGACUGGUCAACUUGACCGUUUCUAUGAGGGCGCGGCGUGCAAAGCUACACACUUUAGAGCUGGACUUUGGUACUCCAUGGUUGAAGAUGGAGAAUUGGAAGCGAGCUGCACAAGCUCUGUCCUCUCAGAUUCGACGGGAUCUUGUUCAUGCCCAGACUGGGCUUACCGAUAUUUACUCUCGGUUUACCACGGAUGUCCAGGUAUGGGUGGGCGAUGUGGUCAAAAAGUCGCAUUCUCUUGGACAAGAUGAGUCCUUCCGUCGCGGCUCUACACGGCUCUGGGAAAGCGGGGAUGCGAUCAUAGCCCGGUCAAAGCAACUCGGCAAUGUUGUUGCGCGCAAUGCCAUGCAACGACUCGGUGCAGCUUCGGUGGCUGUGGACAGGCUACAACAACAGAGCCGGGUGCUGACCACGGAAGCCCGGGAGAUGUACAAGAGUCUUGUUGUUUCUCUUUAUCCGCGUCCACAGAAUAUGGAAUGUCUCAAUGACCGCCUCCGGGAAAUGAAGCCUACGGCUUCCCUGAGCCGGGCUCAGAGGCUGGCGAAGAGGCUUGUAGGGCAGAACAGCAGACGCACGUGUGCCAAGGCACAUAAUAGGCGCAAGUAG